CUUGAUAUCGUUUGAAAUGCCCGCGUUUGUUUGAAGUCUACUUGUUCCUGCUGUAGGUUUGAAGUAACCUAACAAAUUUAUACUCAAUUUUAUUUAAGUAAAAAAGUUAAAAUGUUGGCGAUUCGCACAGGAAAAUUACUGGAAACACUGGCAAAAUCAAACAAACAUCAUGCGACGACAAAGGAACUUCAUCUGUCGGCUUCUUUCAAUGAAAUCCAGAAACUAACUCGACUUAGAGUUGUUGAUAAUAGUGAAAUAGGAAAGCGAGCAAUGGCAGAAGGCAAACCACCAAGAUGCAUACAUGUGUACAACAAAACAGGAGUUGGUAAAAUAGGUGAUAGAGUUCUGGUGGCCAUCAAGGGCGAAAAGAAAAAAGGAAUUUUGGUUGGACUGAAACAAAAUCAGAAAACUAAGGUUCCCAAGUUUGAUAGUAAUAAUUUAGUAUUAAUUGAUGACAAUGGAACUCCAGUGGGGACAAGAAUUCAUGUACCAAUUCCUACCAUUUUAAGAACUAUAAUGAAAGAGAAAACACAUUCAAAGGGUGCUGAUUAUACUAAAUUGUUGGCCAUUGCCUCCAAGUUUGUGUAGAAAUAUUAGGCUUGUAGUAUACUAAAUGUUCAAAUAGUCAUAAUAAAUAAUACAAUAUUGAAAUUGAAAA